UUGUUCUUAAAAAAACAAACGUUUUAAGUGGAAGGAAAAACUUUAUUUUAAUAGGCAAUAUUAAAUACGCAAAUAUUACUAUUUUGGAAGAUUACACUAUUUAACAAUAAUUGAUAAAAAUUCUAUGAGUGUACAAAUAAAAAUUGGUUUACAUUCAACAAAACUUUAAUCAUAAAAUAGAUAAUUAAAUUGUGCAACAAAAAAAUAAAAAGAAAAUACUGAUUCAUAAAUUUUUAUUGAAAAAUAUUUGUUGAGUGACGAAAUAAAAAAAUAAAAGUAAAAAUACAAGAUUUGUAAUUGUGUAUAGAAGAAAAAGAGGGAAUUCCCCGAAAAUCAACAUUUUAAGAAAGUAUAAUCGGCACACAACUACAGAUUGAUUUUUAUUCACUUUAGUUACGUUGAUUUGUUCAGAUUUUUCACAAGUUGUUUUUUUAUAAUUUGUGAACAAUGUCUGAUGAAGAAUCAUUUGUUAUAUUGGGCUCAUCACCCAUGUCCUCAUUGGAAAUUGAUGGUGUGGAAACCAAGAAGAACUCGUUAACAUCUUUAGAAUCCGAUACCCCGGGCAGCCGUUUUACAUCUUUAAAAAAGAGUCAAAUUAGCGAUUUACAUAAUGCUCAAGAAAUGGCGACACAAACACAUGAAGAAAAUCUCACACAGCCUGAAAUGGCUAUUUCUAGGGAGAAAAGUCUUAUCAAGGAAGUCGCACAUAGCAGUUUACAAAAUAUAAUGUCUGAACCUAAGACGGGAAUGGAAAUUAUGGCACCAAAACCAGAAAUGGCUGAAGAAGUAAUAAAAAUGCAAAAAUUAAACAUUUCUGAACAGAAAUCCUUAUCAGCAGAAGAAAUUGCUGCCAGCAAAUUAUGGAGCAGGCAACCACAGGUCCAAGUAGAAGAACAUAUGAUGCCAUUUAGUUUAGAAGAUUGUGCUGUAAAAUCACCUUUCCAAAAGGAACAGCAGAUGGAGAAAAGUAUCAGAGAGAAAAUGAACAACUCAACAAAUACAAAUAAUAAGAGUAUAAAUGAAACUGGCAAAUCUUCUAACUCUAGCAACACAACACCUCCAAUAUCGGUUGGCAGUAAUUUGGCUUCAAGUUUUUUAAUGGGAGAAGUCAAUGCAGAUGUUUUAAAGACCAGUGUAUACUCUCAGUUUCCCAGUAUCUCAAUGGAGGCAUGUGCAGAGGAUGUAGUUAAAUUACAGAACAUGGUCAGCGAAUAUUCGGUAUUGAAAAAUACAAUUAAAAAAGCCAAUAUCACAAUGAAACAAUUCUAUAAUAGUUCACUACAAUGGAAGGAAAAAAUGAGAACAAUGGAAGAAGAAUACAAACAAAAAUUGAACAAAUGUCAUGAAGAAAUUGAUGUGUUACGCAAACAGAAUCAAGUAAUGGAAAGUACUUUUAAGGGACAAAUUGAAGCCUUAGAAAUUGCACGCAAAAAAGAUCGAGAAGAAACUAUACAGGAUAUAUCCGAAAAGAAUGCAUUAAUCGAAAAUAUGAGAGCCCAAAUAAUUAAAUUAGAACAGCAACAAUUAGCCUCCUUUGAAUUUGUGGCCCAAAAUCAAAGCGAACAGAAAAAUGAACAAUUUCAACAAGUGUUCAUAACACGAAAUGAACACGAACUUAAAAUGAAACAACUCGAAAGACAAUUAUCCGAAAUGGUCGCUUCGAACUUAGAUCUUAAAGAUGUCGAGAAUCAAUAUGUAGACGAAAUAAAUUGCCUAAAAGUCAAUUUAACAGCGGCCGAAGAGUUAAUUAAAAAACAUCGUAAUGAAAUCGCCCAGUUGCAUGUACUCGAUAUAGAAAGGCAACAACAAAUCGAAAAAUUAGAACAAUCCUUAGGAGAAUUGCGCGUAACGAAUGAGGAACAAAGUGAACGCAUAACACUGUUGGAACAUCAAAACGAGGUACAUCGUAAGGAUUUCGAAAUGGAACAGGAAAGUCGCCAGACGGCUGUACAGGAAAAACAACAAAUUCUGCAGGAUUUACGAAUAUUACAAAGAAAAAAUCAAGAACUAAUUGAAGAACAUCAAAAAAUAGCGGAAAACUAUCAGAAGAGAUUAUCUACAGUCGGUACAGCAGAUGCUAUGUGCAUGUCUGCGGCAGCAGCUUCAGCUCAAUCGUAUAUUAAUAACCCUCAAAGACCCAUAAGAGUAAGCCAUACUUUACCUUCACCGUCAUCCGUUCCCGCUGCACCAACUACUGCACCGCCAGUCGCUAUGCAUCUGUGUCCCAUUUGUAAUAAAGCUUUUAGGACAUUGAAUAUUUUAACAAGUCAUGUUAAUGAUUGUAUAGAUAAAAAUUAAGUAUCAACAUUUAACCAUAAAAAUAUAUGUAUUUCUAUAUUCUAUAGGUGUGUUAAUUCAUUAAUCAGCGAGUAAAAAUCAAUAUCAAAACGUGCUGUUUGAUUAAAAAUUUUUCAAUUUAUGAAAAAAUACAAGAAAUAUUUAUAUUUGUUUUUUAGUUCUUAAAAAAUACCCUGUGCGCUUUGGCAUAAAUUAAUUAUAAAUACUAAUAUUAUUUCUUUUUGAAAUGAAGAAUCAUGUAAAUAAAAGAAUCAUUUCAAUAAAAAAUUAAUUUACU